GUGGCGUAUCGUGGCUAGCGCGGUUCCCAUGGAGACAGAAGAAGUGCCGUGCCAGGUGGACCAGACGCCUGUCGCUGGUGACGUCACCGUGAACGACCAGUGUCUCUCGCCGGAUCACCCCGAGCAGCAGGGUAUACUGGCCGACCUGCGGAAGCUUGCGGAGUCCACAGACACUGACCCGCGAGCGUCCGGCGAGCGCAGGGGCUCCGAAGGCUAUGACAGCGCUUCCGGGAUCUGCGACUGCGACCUGGAGCCGGUCGCCAGAAGGGACUCGUUUGACAGUUGCUUCUCGUCCUACAAUUCCGGCGACCUGGCCAGCUUGGCCAGGGACCUCGCUCUCGGUUUCGGAGCGUCCGACGCUAAUUGUAACGUCGAAUACGAGGACAGUUUCGAGCAGCGCCACGCAGCAUUGCAGAACUGCGGUGUCGAGGAACGUUCCAAAGCCGAGAUCGACAGCAAAAGUGAAGAGCGUAGCGAGAAGCCGCUGGUAGAAGACAGAGAGGAAGAUGGGCACGCCGCUGGCGAUGGAGAGCAAUCGACAGACGAAGUGAUACGAGCGUUGUCCUCGCUUUUACAUCGUGAGGCAAACCAGAAAUUCGAGAGUCUCUCCGUGACCGAAUCGAAGGCCGUUCAUGUGGGAAACGUGACGUACGUCUUUGGUGAGGUUAACGUGAAACAGGAGGUGCAGGAGACGUCACUCAAACAGCAACUGUUCUUGUCGCGGGAGAAAGGAGGAGAGAGGCUCACGGCGCCUCCCAGUGGACCCGUGAUCAUCACCAGGGGAGAGUGGAUGGCUCAGACGCCCUCGGUUCUCUCUGAGCCAGCCACGCUGCCCCUCAACCUGAUCAUCAUCCAUCACACGAACACAGAGGCGUCUACGAAGAUGACGACGAAUAUGGUGCUGUGCCAGCGCAUCCAGCUGAUGCACGUGGAGGGCAGUGAGUGGUUUGACAUCGGCUACAACUUCCUGGUGGGCAUGGACGGCUGCGUGUACGAGGGCCGCGGUUGGGGCCUGGUGGGCUGGCACACCUACGGCUACAACUCGAGCAGCCUGGGCGUCGCCUUCAUCGGCUGUUUCAAGCAGCACGUGCCCACGCCGGAGGCUGUCGCCGCCUUCCACCAGCUGGUGGAGCUCGGCGUGCGCGAGGGACACCUCACCCCAGACUGCCGCGUCAUGGGGAACUGCCAGUGCGUACCCUGCGACAGCCCGGGCAGGGCCUUCUUCGAGCUCAUCCAGACCUGGCCGCGCUGGGUUGAAACGCCACCACCUCCGCCGUGUGAUUCUGCCACGAAUCCACAUGGGCAUGGACGUAUGGCUUCUGAAGCGAUACAGGAUAUUUCACACACUGAAGGAAAAUGCACCGUGGAGAAACAAAAUACAGCUGCGGUGUUAGACUUGCCUGUAGUAUGUACUGAACGAGACAGCCCACCGUCACCUGGCUACGAAUUCCAUCUUCCGACGACUGCAGGCAAGUCUAAAGAUCGCGGGAACUGUUCCGAUGAACAGCCAGAAGCCAUCACCGGCAGUCUGGACGAGGCGUAUACCCCGACGUUAAGCAGGCGUAGUGUGGCGUUCGCGAUGUUGCAGGAACGGGUCCAGACUGCAGCACCCAGCGGAGACAACGAGGAAACCGUGACGAAGAGGUUCAGCGAGAGUCGAGAGGUGGUGAGGGUGUCCAGCUCCAGAAACGUGCACCUGGGCGGCGUCAACUACGUGUUGGGCCCGCUCUGUCUCAACCACGUGCUACAACACUCCAGCGUCGAGAGGAGCAUCACCGUCAUUAGGCCGGACCGGGCCAGCCAGCUGUGUAUAGUGCAGCGGAAGGAGUGGGGAGCGCUCCCGAGGAAGAAGGAACCCACACCGUUGCCCAAGCCAGUCUCCAUCGUGGUUAUCUGUCACACGGAGACCAGCUGCGGCGCGACGUUGGAGGAGGAGGCGCGGCACGUGCAGCAGCUGCAGUUGCACGCGCUGCAGACCGACGUGCUGCUCGACAUCCGCUACAACUUCCUGGUGGGCGCCACUGGCUACGUCUUCGAGGGCCGCGGCUGGCGUUACAGGUCCGCCUUCGCGCGCGGCUACGACUUGACCAGGCUGGGAGUCGUCUUCAUGGGAAACUUCAAGACGAAGCCCCCGACCCCGGAGGCGGUGGAGGCCUUCCACCAGCUGAUGGCUCUGGGGGAGCGCGAGGGCCACCUGAGCCCCGACUGGCGCGCCAUGGCGCAGUGCCAGCUGGUCACCACGGACAGCCCGGGCCGAGCGCUCUACCAGCUGCUCAAGGGCUGGCCGCGCUGGGCCGGGCCCUCUCCGUCAGAAAUAACUGGCCUGUUGGAUAUGGACGUGGUGUCACGAGAAAAAUGGCUGGCAAAUCCGCCGGCAGCGCCAAUCCCGAAGCUGGAGUGUCCCGUCCGGGUAGUUGUCAUUUGCCACACGGGGACGACGGCGCCUAAGAGCGUGGAACGGGAGCGUCGUCAAAUGCGCAGCCUGCACGACUUCGAGGUUCACUGCCGAGGGCGGGCGGACCUGCCGUUCAACUUCGUGCUGGCGCCUUCUGGCGCCGUGUACGAGGGCCGCGGCUGGGCGCUGGCAGCGGACCUCCGACUUCUGGGUCGAGACCUGGAACUGGACGUUCCAGACGAUGGCAGUGGCCGCCGCUGCCUGGCCGUGGCGCUGCUGGGCACCUUCUGCAGGCGCCUGCCGGCACCGCCCGCGCUGGACGCGUUGCCCUACCUGCUGGCCGAGGCGGAGCGCAGAGGGGUGCUGACGCGGGACUACCGCGUCGUGGGCCACUGCCAGCUCGCGGCCACCAGCAGUCCGGGCGGCGCGCUCUUCUCGCUCCUCAAGACGUGGCCGCGCUGGACCGACCGGCCGUUCGACGACGGGGGUCACGACGCUGAUGAAAGCGACACUGCUCCGGGACGCUGACUGUCAGCACGACGAUCCGAAUGCCGCUUUCUCAUUUUGCCAGAGCAGGCAAUUAUGCACGUCUCCAAAAAAUUGCACCCUGGCCAGUAAAAUUAUGAUAUUUCGCUCGUAGACUCCCAUUAGAGAAGAGAUACAUUUCACAUCAUAGACUGCUCUGUCACCGGUAAUAUCAAAGACAGAGGAGUUGCCUUCAGAAAUAAAUUAUUACAGCCACAGUCUGGAACACGAGACAAUUUUUGUUGUUGUUGCGGUCUUCAGUCCUGAGACUGGUUUGAUGCAGCUCUCCAUGCUACUCUAUCAUGUGCAAGCUGCUUCAUCUCCCAGUACCUACUGGAACCGACAUCCUUCUGAAUCUGCUUAGUAUAUUCAUCUAUUGGUCUCCCUCUAUGAUUUUUACCCUCCACGCUGCCCUCCAAUACUAAAUUGGUGAUCCCUUGAUGCCUCCGAGCAUGUGCUACCAACCGAUCCCUUCUUCAAGUCAAGUUGUGCCACAAACUCCUCUUCUCCCCAACCCUGUUCAAUACCUCCUCGUUAGUUAUGUGAUCUACGCACCUAAUCUUCAGCAUUCUUCUGUAGCACCACAUUUCGAAAGCUUCUAUCUUCUUCUUGUCCAAAGUAUUUAUCAUCCAUGUUUCACUUCCAUACAUGGCUACACUCCAUACAAAUACUUUCAGAAACGACUUCCUGACACUUAAAUCAAUACUCGAUGUUAACAAAUUUCUCUUCUUCAGAAACGCUUUCCUUGCCACUGCCAGUCAAUAUUUUAUAUCCUCUCUACUUCAACCAUCAUCAGUUAUUUUGCUCCCCAAAUAGCAAAACUCUUUUACUGCUUUAAGAGUCUCAUUUCCUAAUAUAAUUCCCUCAGCAUCACCUGACUUAAUUCGACUACAAUCCAUUACCUUCGUUUUGCUUUUGUUGAUGUUCAUCUUGUGUCCUCCCUUCAAGACACUAUCCAUUCCGUUCAACUGCUCUUCCAAGUCCUUUGCUGUCUCUGACAGAAUCACAAUGUCAUCGGCGAACUUUAAAGUUUUUAUUUCCUCUCCAUGGAUUUUAAUACCUAUUCCGAAUUUUUCUUUUGUUUCCUUUACUGCUUGCUCAAUAUACAGAUUGAAUAACGUCGGGGAGAGGCUACAACCCUGUCUCGCUCCCUUCCCAACCACUGCUUCCCUUUCAUGUCCCUCGACUCUUAUAACUGCCAUCUGGUUUCUGUACAAAUUGUAAAUAACCUUUCGCUCGCUGUAUUUUACCCCUCCCACGAGACAAUUACAGUUCACAAAUUGAAACACCCCCGUUUAAUUUCUUUACUGGAUUUUGUGUAAUUUAUCAGAGGCCGCCAAACAGUUAAUUAUAAUGAUUAUAUGACCGUUUGCUUAAUGGAUGAAAGGCUAUCGGUUUUUCUGCUAUGGUUUCGGGGAUAUUUCAACAGAGAGCGGCUGUUUUGCAACUGAAUAGUGGAAUGAUUGAAAGUUUGUCUAUUAUUAAGGACCACAAAGGUUGCGAUGUACAAACUAAUAUAUAUUUCCUACUAACACACAAAUACUGAGGCAGUUGCCUUACACAUCUGAUUACGAGUAUAUCUCUUAUUGGUUGCUGAUUUUAGGUAUUUCGUCACACGCAAUGAUGAUGGUUAACAACCACAACAAUCCUCACUGCAAUCCAUGGUUUCUUGCUGGCCGACGCGGUUGACGCGAAACACGAAAUUCUGCACUUGUCACUUUCUGGUUUCAUAUCACUCGCGAAUCGGUAUCGAUGAGGGUCCACCCCACGACGAUCAGGGGGACGCGCUCACUCGUCAUACUCCGGUGACUUUUACUCGACCACCAUUCUUUCCCGUCUCUGCAGCACUGCUUCUCACUCGACACUCUCCAGUACUACUUCUCAGUCAACACUACUCUCACUACUUCCUACAGCACUCGAUAAUCGACUCCUGUCUACUAUCGACCUUGGCGUCGGAUACUAGCAUCUAUGUUCGUGAGAUCACGGAUACCUUACAAAAUCCAUAUUCCACAUGAGAACUAACCGCUAGCCACUGCCUUUAUUCCCAUCAACUAGAAUCUCUUUAUUAACUCAUCUACACUCAUCAGCAGAGAACUACACAUUCAGAGGAUGGUGAGGAUGGGACAUUAAUUGAGGACUGAUUCUUGUUGUAUCUCUAUAGCUGUUAGUGUAGUAAACGACUGAAAUGUCUUUAAGACAAAGGCUUUCAUCAAAUAGAAGUAAAAUUAUUAAUCAUAAGUGUACAAAUUCUGUUGUAGGUAAUACUGUUUAUAAAAAAAAAUACGAAUAAAUGUCUGACCUCUUCAUUCCUGGUGGUCUAGGCCAGGGGUUCCCAACAAAAUUUUCUCGGAGACCCCCUCACCGAGCAUGAUUGGUACCUUGUCAUACCACAUUAUCAAUUAUCUAAAAAAAGCAAAAUUAAGAGUCUUUUUAUACAUUUUCUAGUUUUUAGAAAAAAUAUUGACAUAUUCAUUAUUGAAAAAAUAUUGAGCUUAAAACUUUUUCAAUUUAGCCAUCAUUGUUAUUGUUAAAUUUUUGUUUAUUGCUCAAAAUCUUUGUCUUCAAAUCUGGGUGUUUAGUACAACAAAUUCCUUAAAAAAUAAAAAUUGAGUAUUAACUGAAAAUGACAGGAAAAAA